AUGGGCCAUUCGCAUCACACGGCGCAUUUGGCUGAGCCGGGUUCUCCGACACUAGCAGUGGCAAGAACGAAUGCUUCCCACCAUGCUGCUCAGCAACCGCUACAGCCGCUACAGCCACCUCGUGCCUCGUCUUCGCUUGACGCCGCCAUGUCGCCAAGUCCGAAUGUCAUUCCUCGCCAGCAAAGGUUUUCGUCCGCUUCGUUGUCGGCACACCCGACACAAGCGCCACAGACACAGUCCCUUGCAACACCAGCCCAUAACAAGUCGAAAUCAAGCCUCGUCGCUAACACCGCUCCAACUACAGUCGGCCAUUCAGCUCGUCCCAUCAUUCCAUUAUCAUCGUCACAUUCAGCUACUGUAGGCUUUACAGCCGCCAACGUGCCUCUGCCCCAAUAUGCCUCGCCCAGUCAAAUCUUGGCCACACAGCCAGCAGCAGCACCUUCAUUAGCAAUGUCGCCGCCUUCUCCAGCACAUUCUGUCGAUCCGCUGGCUAUGCGUCUCUCGCAAGAGCCUCAAACUCCACCUCUGCGUGUGCAUCAGAUGCUGUCGGUUCAAGAGAGCCCCGAUCCACUCAAUUUGCUCUCGCCCAACGCUCAGUUCUCCCUCUGGCAGAAUUUGAGUUCCUCAUCUCUGCCUCCACAGCCGUUGGCGCACAACGGCACUCACCGCCAACACGCUCUGCAGUCAACUGACGCUGUCAUGGCGAGAGCGCAAGUGACAAAUGGUGCUUUGUCGAGCAAACGCAAGGACUCGACGUCCGCCGACAAGCCCAAACGAAAGCGCAGCAAGAAAUUCAAACACGAGCAGCCUCUCCUGCCUCCCGCUUCGGAUUCGCAAGCAAAUGCCCCGCCGACAUCUUCGUUGCCAGAUCAAGUCAUUCCUGCAAAGCCAAAGUCGUUAAAACUGAAACAGCUCGUAAAGAAGGAUCACGUGAUCAGCAAAUACGACGAUGAUGAGCCUUCCCUGAUGCCCCCUAUCACGGUCCAGAUUCCAGUUUCUGUUUCUGACUCGUAUGGUGCGCCUUCUGACCUUCGAUCGUCGUCUGCGACUCCAGCGUCGACGCUGACUACCAACAAAAAGAAGAAGAAGCGCAGUCGCAAGUCUUUGUCGGAACUUGUCCACCAGAUCGUCGAGGACAGCGACUCCGGUAUGGACGCAGAGGGAAGCGAAUGGGAGGGUCUCGAGAUCCUCGAAACUUACCAGCCCGAAUCUGUCUCCGAUGGUCCAAAGAGUCUCGCAAAGAUGAGCAACGGCCCUGUCAAGAGCUCGCAGCGCAAGGUGCCCAUUGCCAAGCUCUGCGGUCUCGUUGAAGAUCUCUUCGAAGCAGACGAUUCCUUGCCCGACCGUGACUCUCUCCAAGACCUCCUACCCGGCCACAGCCUUUCUCCUGCUGCUGACCAAUUCUUCGAGAUCAUCGAAUCGCCGUCUGCCCUCGGCGGUGAGUCCCGCUCCGUCCUGGUUCUGCGUGCAGCUGCCCUCCACAAACUGCUCAAGCUCAUCGUCAGCUGCUCACGCCCGCAGACCGAGGUUUCCACCUUGUCCGGGAUUGCUCAAGCAGGAACCAACCCCAGCCUCAGCGCAAUUCCCGCUGCCGACAUGAUCCGGCUGCUCGCUAUUCUGGAACGCACCGCGCGUCUAGCUGAAAGCAUCGACCCUUUCCCAUCGCACGCUAGCCGUGCCCUUGUGUCGGAGCCAGCUUCUCCAACCAAGCCUAAGAAAGGCCGUAGGGUCGACUUCCGCAGCAAGUCGGCUUCUAAAACACCAGAGCCUACACAGACUCCGGAGGAUUCCGGCAAGAAUCCGAUUGAGCAAGGAGCGGACGCAACCAGAGACGCAGGCGACGCAAAUAAUGAUUCAACAAUAGCCAGACACGAGUCAGCAUCUUCUGACGAUGAGCUCGACAAGCUUAAUGCGACCUUUGUCGUCACGGACCGUGCCAUACUAGCCACCGAAUGCUGCCUUGGCAUUUUGACAGGCGAUGUCCUACCCAAACAGAUCCUUUCCGAAGAUCAGAUUCGCUCCUCAUUCGAGGCUGUCAAAACCUGCCUUGACAAGAUCUUACUCCCCUUCAUCGAAGCAUGCUCUGGGAGCGCCGCCACCGCACCUCACCCGAACCUCGUCCUGCUCAUCGACGUCUUGGCUCCGCAAAAGGCUCGCAAGAAAAAGGCUGCUGCGCCAAACUUAGAUGAGUCAACCUCCAGCAUCGGCAUCAUCUGUCGCAACACACUCUCCGACCUCUUUGCACAUCUCUGCUCAGCGCUAUACUUUGUCCAGCGCAUGGUGCGCAUGCCUUCUAUCGCGCUCUCGGACUCCAUUGUCAUCAGCGCCGUCUACAUCGCGCUCGGCCCUUUCUUCGUGCUCGAGCCAGAGUCAGCCAGUGGGGCCGCUUCGAGCGAGACUGCUAAAGCUGCAGCUCGUGGCCGAUCUGCACUGCUUUCCCUCGGCGGUGCCAAUUCGAUGAAGACGCUGCGGCUACCAGCCCUCAAUCUUCUUCGGACCAUAUUUGCAAAGGCGCCAGACCAACGCCAAUGGAUGAUCGAGGAGAUCCUCACUUCGCUGUCGAAGCUCACCGACAUGAAGAAGAAUCGACGACAAUACAGUCUGCGCAAUGGCAAGGGUAUCCAUUCCAUCAACGCUUUGUUGCUGCAGCUCAUCCAAGCUGCCUCGCACGGCGUAGCUAGCUACGCUCGUUCCACUGUUGAUCGUCUCUCGCGGAGCAAAGAUGGCCAAAAUGACAAUCAAAACGACAACGCCAUCGACGAACUUGAUUGCAAUGCCGAUCCAGAAAGAACGCAAGCGCUUGAGGUCGUCAUCGAAGCAUUCAACGCAACCAGUGAGCCGGACGCGAACAACCCUAGAGAGGCCGAAAUCGCAAUCUGGAGACGCGGACUGGAAGGCGCUAAUGCCUCGGCCCGGUCCAUCGCUGGCUACCUCAUGCAACGCAUCGGCCAAACCAAGGUGUCCAAGUCAUCGCAAGAGAUGAGCCAUACCUACGUUAUCGAAUCCCUGAUUCAAGAUCUGUUGAGCGCGCUUUUCCUGCCAGAAUGGCCAGCAGCAGCCUUGAUGCUCAGCGCUUUCUGUCGCGUGUUCGGCAAUUAUCUUGAGGAUGUCAAAAGCCAUCCGGAUGCAAAGGGUGUCGCUCUCGAACAGCUGAGCCUCGUCGCUGCGAGACUUCGUCAAAGCCAGUUGCAGUUACAGCCCUCUCGUGCAGAUGCACCAACUAGCCCAGCCCAUCCUGUAGUUGCCGAGUCCUUUAAACAGGACACCGAUGGUGAUCAUCCAACGCUCCAGCACUUGGAUCCUCUCAGUCAGACCAAAGAACCCAAGUUCGCGACCUGGGACUAUCUUUCCAUGCUCAGGGCCUUGCGUGAAGGUGAUCGGCGUGCCAUCCAGGAAUACGUGCGUGCUUACAAGUUCAUCUCUCAUUUCCUAGCAAAGACGAGUAACGAGGACAUGUCGACAGAAGGUGCGCUUGAAUUUUUGCUCGUCCACGCCGAAGGCGAAUUGGCGACUGCAUGGGCAAAGAUCGAGGACGACAAGGUUGCCCUGAGCAACGCGGAAGAAGACACCGCAGCUCAGAUCGCUAACUUGCAGCGCUUCCGCGAGGAUCUUGACCAAGCGAUGCUCAUGCUCUCGGAAUUCGACGCCUCGGCCAGCGACUCAUCUUUCGAUGCUUUCGCCUCUGACAACAAGAUGCUCGAAAGGGCAAUCGACCUCUCCGAACGUGCUCUGGUCGCUAGCAGCUCCAUGAUUUCAUAUCCAGUGUUGCGAGACCUGCUCCUGGAAGGUCUCAAUAAUCCGCUGAUCGCCAAUCGCAGCAAGGCGCUCCGCGGCAUCGAUCGAAUUGCUCAGAUCGAUCCUGAUCUGCUCGAUGAAGACACCAUGCGCAGCGCAAUCGAGGUUCGCCUGCGAGAUUCGAGCAAUGCAGUCAGAGAUAGCGCAGUUGCUCUCUUCGGCAGCUACCUUCUCCGGAAGCCACACCAUAUUCCCAAGUACUACAAGCAGAUAGCUGCGCGCAUCCUCGACACCGGCCUUUCCGUGCGCAAGCGCAUGGUUCGCCUUCUCAAGAGCCUGCAUGAGGCGGCUAAUGACCCCAAAAUCCGUAUUGACGCUUGCGCUCGCAUCGUCCGCUGCAUCAACGACGAAGACACAGUCGUUCAGGACAUGGCUGUUCUCACCAUCGGCGAAAUGUGGCUCGAAAUGGACAUUGAUGCGCGUCGUCUGUACACACGGCGCAGGGGUAGUCCGCUGCAAGCCACGCCUGUCACACCGCAACCUGUGGAUGCGGACGAAGCGAAGCAAGGCAGUGCUGAAAAAGUGCAAGAUACGGCGGGAAAGCCGGAAUCAGAAGGCGACGUUGCACAACCGACGGAUGAACCUGUAGAAGAGACUGAGGCCGACAAGAAGGUGGCCGAUACCAUCGAGAUCAUUAUGGCCGUUGCAGACGUCAUUAAGGAGCGUCCGUCGCCGUUGGAAGAGGUAUUCAGGCGCCUCUUUAAGGAUAAGUCCGAGAGUGAGGCAGCCGAGUUGCACGCAAAACUGCAAAGACUUGGCGAUUCCAUGAUCGACAGCUUGGUCGAGUCGAGCGGCGCGUCGAGCAUCGACACGGUCAAGCGCAUCCGCAUCGUACAGCUGCUUGUCUCUACGAACCCGGCCAUCCUCACCAUAUCGAAAGCCAAGCUGCUCCUUCCCUACCUCAAAGCAGCACAGACGAGUGAGGAAGUGCAGAUCAUGGAUCUGCUGUUGAGGAUUUUCCGCUCGUGCCUGCCCCACAUGCCCAAGACAGCCUCGGCGUUUGCCGAAUCCUUGGAGAAGAGUCUUCGUCCUCUGGUCAAUCGACCUCCGCCAAAAGCAGGCCUGCAUCUUCUGCAGGAACUCAUCGCUUGCUACUGUGCCGUCAUCAUCACGCACACGCGCAACUUCCGGCUACUGAUUCAAACGCUCAAGGCAUGCUUCAUGCGUGUGCAGGCGAUGCGACAGAUGGCGCUUAAAGGUCACAAAGUGGAAGAGAACAAAGCUUGGAGCACCCUCAUGUCCCUGACCGCUUCGCUGUGCGAGCAUGCUGACUUUGACGAACUCCGCAAGAAGUAUCCCGAGACGGCAGCCGAGGUCGAUGCCGUGAGCAAGCGUCCACUGAUCGACGUGGUUUCGGAGGCGCUGCUUGAUAUUCAUAAGACCGGAAGUGAGACGGUGCGCUCUGUAGCGCUGCAGAACCUUGGCUUUAUCUUCCGUGCUCAUCCCACGCUCAUGACUCGGCCGUCGCUCACGGCCAUGAUGGACGGCAUCUUCGCCUCGGGCUCGCUGCAGGAUCGCGCGACGCUGCUCAAGAUUAUCCUGGACUUUUUGAGUGCAGAUGCUCUGCGUCGCAAUCCAGAUAAUGCGGUUGUCACCGCGGGCACUGGACGACGCAAGCCCGAGAACCCCGACGCAGGCAGUGUCGACAUGACGGUUCUGGUCGGCAACACCGAGACCUUUGCCGACACGGGCGUUGGCUCAGCCAUGAUGCAACGCUACUCGGAGGACGUACUUAAGGCGACGCUCGAGGUGUCGAACCCUCUGUUGCAGCGCACCGCCAUCGACAUCCUGCGUUUCACAGUUUUGCAAGGUCUUUCGCAUCCGAUCCAAUGUGUGCCGUAUCUUGUAUCGCUGGAAACGCUCGAGGACCGCAAACUUCGCAGUCGAGCGAUGGAACUGCACAGCCAUCUGGCUUCCAAGCACGCUUCGCUCGUGCAGGCUCGUUUCCUCGAUACUGCGCGGUCUGCUUUCCGCUUCCAGCGCCAGCUGGCCACAACGCAGGCGCUGCGCGGCUUCCGGGUCGACAGCAUGCCGGUUGCGGUACUCGGAGCGUGGUACAGUUUGCUGCGAGAUCGUCGAGCUACACGACUCGACUUCCUCAAGCAAAUUGUCAAGGCGCUCGACGCCAAUACGGCGGCGUCGGACUGUAGCAUGGAAGAGGUGUUGUUCGCGCGCUUCAUUGCGGACAACCUGGCAACGCUCGACUACAAGACGAUGGAAGAGCUUUUCAUCGUGAUCGGCGAACUACGCUCGAUCCUGGCUGUCUCGGGCAUGCAGGUGCUGUACAUGAUACAGCCACAUCUGCCAAAGCAGGAUGCUCGGUCGAAUUCAGCUCUGAACGAGACGCUGCAAGAUGGUAUGAGGACGCCGCCGCAAGCUGGAGCUGCUGCGCCCGGAGGAGAUCUGAUUAGUCCGUUUGACAUGUCUCGCAACCCGUGGCUAACGGGAGAAUGGCAGCUGGAACUGGCGAGUGAUGCUGCUCGAGCGAUGGGUACAGUGAAUCCGACGCAGAUCUUGGGCUGCUCGCAACCUGAACCUGCGGGACCUGCGGAAAUCGUGGACCACAGCACGGCACGGACCAGCUUUGUAUCUGCAGCCCAGCACGACGAUCAAGACACAGCAGCAUCCAAUACACAAGUGGACGCGGUUACGAUCGCCAAAAUGUCGCUCAUCUCUGGCACAGCGCUGUUGCUCCGAAACCACCUGAAGCAGCUGUACGGUCUGAGCGAGGCGCGCUGCGCCAAGUUCAAUCCGAGCAAGAAGCAGAGCGCUGGAGCGGACAAGCCGGCGACGAUGCGCGCGCUGUUGGAUCCGAUGCAGGCUGCGCUCGAUCUGAGUGCUAUGCCAUUUGGUCUGGACGAGGUUAAGAGCGAAGAAGAUGCGCAGAAGCAGAUGCUGGCGUAUGCCACGAUGGUGGAGAAUGAGGGCACAAUGAUGGAGCCGGACGAUCCGGAUGCGUUCGAUGACCUUGCACUGUGA